GAUGCAAGCACAAUCAAAUAACACAUUGUUCUCUUCUGGGAGUUCAAUUUAAAGAUUCAAGAUAAACAAAGUUAUGUAAAUGGAGGGCACUGAAUCUUCAGAUAGGCCUUUAAUUAAAACACCCCAGGAAGACACGACAGAGAAACAGAGGCAGUGACUCUGCAAAUUCAGAUAAAAAAUGGGGAGAGAAGAAGGCUCGAAGAAGAUGAAGAUCACCAUUAUACAUCCAGAUCUUGGUAUAGAGAGAUUGAUCGUGGAUGCAGUGGUUGAGCUUGCCUCGCACGGUCAUAAUGUUCAUGUAUUUACCUCUCACCACGACCAAUCUCGAUGCUUCGAGGCAACUCUUUCCGGCGUAUUUCAAGUAACGGUGUAUGGUUCUUUCCUGCCACGCCAUAUUUUCUACCGGUGCUUGUUUGUUUGCUCUUUGUGUUCUCUUGGGAUGGUCUACCUUCGAUGUUGUACUAGCAGACCAGGUUUCAGUCGUUGUCCCAUUGCUGAAACUCAAAACAUCAAAGGUUGAAUUUCCUCUCUAUAAACCGCUUUGAGAAGAAAAAGAACAUCAAUCUAGCCGUUUCAGCUUUUGCUAUUCUAUGCAAACAUAAGCAAAAUCUAACCGAUGUUGCCCUUACCGCUGCUGGUAAGUGUUCCUCUCUCUUCCACAAUCUAAUAUUGAAAGAAGGUUUUACUGUCUGCAUUCCAUUGUUCAGGAGAGUAGGACGAGCGAUUGAAAGAGAAUGUAGAGUACUUGAAGGAGCUCAAAAGCUUAGAGCCGAGAAAGAAGGAGUUUCUAAUCGAGUCAACUUCAUCACAUCUUGUUUAACCGCUGAAAGAAACCAACUUCUCUCAAGCUCCUUGUGCGUCCUCUACACACCACCGGUUGACGAAGGGGAUGGGAAGUGAAGCGAGGAAACAUGUGGUUGAAACAUUCUCUGUGAAGACGUUUGGAGAGAAGUUGAAUCAGUAUCUUGUUCAUGUACUUUCAAGUCCUAAAGAAGAUUGACAUUCCUUUGUUUGGUAAUCAUAUAUCUUUUUACCAUACAAUAUAAGACGUGACAGCUAGCAAACAUAUACUUAAAAAUACUUGCAAGACUUUCUCUGUAACUUUUCUUGAUUUAUACUAUUUAUAGUCUUGAA